AUGUUAUGGGCAGUGAUGAGGUUCUAUCUGCUUUCCAUUGCUUUAGUUUUUUGUGGAUAUACAGAUGGAUUUAAUGUGUGGAAUAGAACAUCCAUCCUUGAUUGGCAGGCUGGACGUUCUAAUGUCACAUGGAGCCAAAAUUUUCAACUUGCUACACCUGGUCAACUUGAGCUACCUUCCAGAAAAGGUCCAAAUGGAAAUGAUGGCAGUGGGAACUUUGGAAAUGCUGUGCUUACUUCGGAAGUCCCACCUGCUCAACGUGACUCUAGUUUUGUUCAGUCUUCUGGUGGUGUUGCUCAUAUCAAACAAAUACCAAAUACUUAUGGUCAAGCUGCUCCUAGCCACCAGUCUUAUGAUUCAUCUCAGUCUUCAGGAUUUUAUUGGAAUGGGUUUAUCAAGCCUGGUAACUGUGGCCCUUUGCCAUCUCAGCAUUGGCCAGGAAAAAAUCUGCCUGGAUUUCAAAGUCCAUCCUCUUCCCAAGUGCUAGGAUUUCAGACCCAGUUACACCAACCUAGCUCCCCAACACAAUUCUCUGCAGGCCAGUCUGGUUCUGCCUUUCAGGCACAGGGUCCAAGUGCUUCAACACCGUAUCAAGGUCAAGCUUUAAGCUGGCAUGUUUCACAAGACCAAAGCGUUCCCUCCUCCCAGUCUGUAGUCGCAACAAACCCAACCCAGUCAUACCAGCCCAAAAUCCCAACACAGGUUUUGGCAGGCCAGUCUGCUUUGCCGUCUCAGUCUAUGGGUGCUUUAAAUUUGUAUCAAGGUCUAACUUCUGGCAGGUAUCUGGCUUCUCUGGGUCAGGGCAUUCCACACUCCCCCGAGUCUGUGGCCACCACAAACCAAUUAUCUGGAUUCCAGAACACUUACUGGCCUAACACACCAGUUUCUUCAAGCCAGACUAUCUCUCUUCCUCAGAGCUCAAGUGCUUCACAGCUGUUUCAAGGGCAAACCUCGGGCAUGUCCAGCAUUUCACAGGACCAGGGCAUUCUAUCUUCCCCCCAGUCUAUGGACACCUCAAGCCAGAUAAUUUCAUCACAAACCCAGUCAUCCUUCCAGCCUAGCACCACAACACAGCUUUUGUUGGGCCAGUCUGAUUUGCCAUCUCAGCCUAUAGGUGGUUCAUCUUUGUAUCAAGGUCUAACUUCUGGCAGGUAUCUGGCUUCACCAGGUCCGAGCAUUCCAUCCUCUCAGUCUGUGGUCCCCACAAGCCAGAUAACUGAUGCUCAGGCCCAAUCUUUGCAGCCUAGCACCACAACACAGGCUUUGACAGGACAGUCUGCUAUUUCUCAGGAUCAAUCCUUGCAGGCUUUGGCUGCCUAUCCAGUUCAGGCAUCUGCCUGGUACACAACUUCACAGGGUCGGAUUCCUUCACAAGUCUCUGGAUUCCAGGCUCAGUCAUACCAGCCAAGCACUGCAACACAGUUCUUACCUGGUCAGUCUGCUUCUCCUGUUCAGUCUAUGGGUGCUUCAACAUUGUAUCAAGCUCUAACUUCUGGCAGGUAUCUUGCUUCACCAGGUCAGGGCAUUCCAUCCUCUCAGUCUGUGGUCACCACAAGCCAGGUCACUGAUGCUCAGGCCCAAUCUCUCCAACCUAGCACUACAACACAGGCUUUGUCAGGCCAGUCUGCUGCUCAGGAUCAAUCUGUUCAAUCUUCAAAUCUACCCCAGACCUCUGGCUGGUACACCAUUUUACUGGGUAAGAUGAUUCCAUCUUCCCAAGUUUCUGGAGUCCAGACAGGCUUGGUAAUUCCCUCUAGCUCAACACAGGGUUUGCCAGGACCAUCUGCUUCUACUGCCCCAUUACAGCCCUUGGAUGCUUUACCACAGUAUCAAAUGCAAGGCUCCAGCAGGACACCAUACUGGGCUAACACAACAUGGACUACAGCAAGCCAGUCUGAUUCUAUGUCUCAGUCUCAAGGCAGCUAUGUGACUGAAUCUUCAGGGAAUACUAAAUGGUACAGUGUAUUACAGAGUCAGAUAAUGCCAUCCUCUUCUGGGUUGCAGGUGCAACCAUUCCAGCCAAGUACUGCAACACGGGUUUUAUCUGGUCAAUCUGCUUCUGUUCAAUCUACGGGUGAUUCAACACUGUAUCAAGGUCUAACUUCUGGCAGGUAUCUGGCUUCUCUGGGUCAGGGCAUUCCACCCUCCCCCCAGCCUGUGGCCACCACAAACCAAAUAUCUGGAUUCCAGAACACUUACUGGCCUAACACACCGGUUUCUUCAAGCCAGAGUAUAUCUCUCCCUCAGAGCUCAAGUGCUUCACAGCUGUUUCAAGGGCAAACCUCAGGCAUGUCCAGCAUUUCACAAGACCAGAGCAUUCCAUCCUCCUCCCAGUCUAUGGACACCUCAAGCCAGAUAACGUCAUCACAAACCCAGUCAUCAUUCCAGCCUACCACCACAACUCAGGUUUUGACAGAGCAGUCUGCUCUUGCUCCAGCUCAAUCCUUGGGAAAGUCACCUUUGUGUUCAAGCCCGACACCUGGUUGGUACACCACUUUGUUGGGUAAGCUGAUUCCAUCUUCUCAAAUGUCUGCUUUUCAGACUGCGUUACAACAGCCUAGCUCCACAAGUCAGCCUGCUACAUCUCAGGCUCAGUCCAUGGGUGACUCACCAUUUUAUCAAGGUCUAACCUCCAUCAAUCUGACAUCACAGUACCAAAGAACCCCAUCCUCCUUUCAGUCUGUUGCUGCCCUGAAUCAAAUAUCUGGAAUUCAGAACCAGUCCACAUAUUGGCCUAACACCAUACAACUUGCUCCAAGCCAGUCUGCCUUUACCCCUCAAUCUCAGAGCUCAGGUGUUACUACAAUGUAUCGAGUACCAGCUGAAGGCUUACCAAAUACUUCACAGGACCAGAGCAUUACAGCCUCCUUGCAGUCUGUGCCCUCCACAAACCAGAUUUCUGAAUUUCAGAACCAGAAAUCGUACUGGCCAAGUGCAACAUGGGUUUUGCCAGGAGAUACUCGUAUUGCUCAGAUUCAGUCCUUGGGAAAUCCAGUUUCAUAUCCAAGUCAAACCUCUGCCUGGAACACCUUUUUGCAGAGUAAGAUUCCAUCUUCCCAAGUGUCUGGAUUCCAGGCCCCAUCAUUAUACCAGCCUAGCACAACACAGAUUUUGGCAGGCCAGCCUGACUCUACUGCUCUUUCGCCAUCCUUGGGUCCUGUGCUGUAUCAAGGGCAAGCCUUAAGCAAGUACAAUUUACAGGAUCAAAGCUUUCCAUCAUACUUCCCAUCUGUGGCUACAAACCAGAUAUCUGGAGCUCUGUCCCAGCCGUCAUUUCAGCCCAGUUCCACAACAGUGGCUUCUGCAAGUGAGCCUUCACCUUCUCAAGCUCAGUCCUCAAGUGCUUCAGCAUGGUACCAGGGUCCAACCUUUGGGUCUCUGGCAUCACAGAGCCAGAACAUUCCAUCCUCUUCUCAGUCUGUAGUCCCCACAAACCAAUUUUCCAGAUUCCAGAACCUGAUGUUUCAACCCAAUACAGCACAGGCUUGGAGUCGGUCUGGUUCUACCCCUCAAGGUGCCCCACAAAAAAUUGCAGGUAUUACUUUCCAGGGUACUUUACCCCAGUUAAGCAGCUAUGGCAAGAAGUGGCCAGUAACCCAGUGAACUUUGAUUAAGGUGAUUUUUGUUGCCUAAAUGCUUGUCUGAAUAUUUCUUAAUAAAUGGAGUGCAUAUUUUGA